GAAAGUGAGACCAGGAUAAGACCACAGUGGCUGAGAAGUGAUGAUCGGUCACACAGCCAGCCGCUGCGCUCUGCUGCUCUGGAUCCGGCUGAUUAUUUUUCACCCUUUCACCGUUUCUCCUCCACUUUUCUUCCUCACAUCAUUUCACUGAAACCAGAGCAACAGGAUUGUUUUUGGUGCUUGAGGAGGAGCUGAAAGAUGAAAAUGGGAAAAAGAAACAGCUGAGAUAAUCCUGGACCGCUCCAAACAUUCCCAAACUGAAUCGUUUCCUGCUGCUUUUCAUCGGCUUCGUCAGUUUCCUCCUCAGCUUCUUCAUGGACAGAGUUUUUAUGCGCAUGAAGCUGCCAGGAUACAUCAUGGGCUAAGAACAUGGACAACAGAAAUUUACCAAACAGAAUCAUAGAAUCAGUUAUAAAUAAAGGUGACACUUAUCAAAAUCUUAACCCAUUCAGGACUUGCUGUAACAAAGAGAAGAAGUAAAGAUGAACUCCACGGCUCAGCAAGGCUUGAUCCCAUGCUACCUGAACCGGACCCUGUGCCUGGGAACUCUGCCAGAGAAAGACGUUUCCGGAGAGGAGAAGGAUUCCUCUGCUGGCUGCUACGAGCAGCUGCUGAUUUCCACCGAGGUCUUUCUCACUUUGGGCAUCAUCAGUCUGCUGGAGAACAUCCUGGUGGUCGCUGCCAUCAUCAAGAACAAGAACCUCCAUUCCCCGAUGUACUUCUUCAUCUGUAGCCUGGCGGUCGCCGACAUGUUGGUCAGCGUCUCCAACGCCUCGGAGACGAUCGUCAUAGCGCUGAUCAACGGCGGCAGCCUCACCAUCCCCGUCACGUUCAUCAAAAGCAUGGACAACGUGUUCGACUCCAUGAUCUGCAGCUCUCUGCUCGCCUCCAUCUGCAGCUUGCUCGCCAUCGCCAUCGACCGCUACAUCACCAUCUUCUACGCCCUGCGGUACCACAACAUCGUCACCAUCCGGCGGGCGUUGCUGGUCAUCGCCGGCAUCUGGACGUGCUGCACCGUCUCUGGCAUCCUGUUCAUCAUCUACUCGGAGAGCACCAUGGUGCUCAUCUGCCUCAUCACCAUGUUCUUCACCAUGCUGGUCCUCAUGGCGUCGCUCUACGUUCACAUGUUCCUGCUGGCGCGCCUGCACAUGAAGCGCAUCGCCGCCCUGCCGGGCAACGCGCCCAUCCAGCAGCGCGCCAACAUGAAGGGCGCCAUCACCCUCACCAUCCUGCUGGGGGUGUUUGUGGUGUGCUGGGCGCCCUUCUUUCUGCACCUCAUCCUGAUGAUCACCUGCCCCAGGAACCCCUACUGCACCUGCUUCAUGUCGCACUUCAACAUGUACCUCAUCCUCAUCAUGUGCAACUCCGUCAUCGAUCCCAUCAUCUACGCUUUCCGCAGCCAGGAGAUGAGGAAGACCUUUAAGGAGAUCUUCUGCUGCUCACAGGCUCUCUGGUGUAUUAGCUUUCUGUGAGACGCUCCAGGUAGUUCAUCUGUAAUCAGUGUGCAGUGCAAAGCUGCAGGUCUGCAGGAUAAGUGGGGUUGAUUAGACGGUUGGCUAACACAGAGGAUUUGUCUGCAGUCCACAAUGUUGUGAAUCUAAAAGGAUGAAGAGCCUGAAAUGUCAGUUUUGCAGCUGCACAGAUUGAAAAUGCUUCAGCAUAUGAUGUUUUUAAAGCACAUUAGACAGCUAAGAAUGAGAUAAGAGACUAACUUUGUUACAACUGAGAUUACUUUAUGUCUCCAUUGGUUUUUGAACAUGGAACCAUUGGGGUAGGACUUUAUAGCAUCGCCACAUAAGGUGAUAUGACAUUACUCUUAACUGUAAUCAUAAUAUUUACUUAUAAGGUGAUCAUACCUUAUAAGGCAACCACAGUAUUGCAUUAUAAAGCGAUCAUUACAUUAUAAUUAUAACUUACCCUUAUAAGGUAAUCCUGCAAUCACAACUUUGUCUUAUAAGGUGAGUUUUUCUCUUUAAAUUAAUCACACCAUUGAUUUCUGAGGUAACCAUAACUUUGCCUUAUGAUGUAAUCAAGGAUAAAAAUAAUGCCUUAAAAGGUAAUCAUACCAUUGUUUACUGAGGCAACCAUGACAUUGCCAUAAAAGGAGGCCUAUUGCUUCAUAAGGUUAUCAUAGCAUUACUGUACAUAGCUGUCAAAGAUAUUUUUAUUCAAUGAUAACAUUAAUGUAUAUGUCAAUGAUGAGGCUAAAGAAAGAAAGAGGAUUGUAAUUCUGUUUACCAAAGGGGUGAAUCUGUGUGAUGAAGUCUUGCUGCUUUCCAGAUGUUUUUGAAUAAAUUUAAACUCUACAACAUUAUUCAUGAAGUUCAUCUUAGAGCUAAACCAACAUGGGAGCUAAUUCUGAAGCGCUAAAGCUAAAAACAAUAAAAUACUGCAGAAUUACUCAAUGCUAUAUUUAGCGUUUUAUCACUGAGUCGACCAAUCGCGGAUUGUCACAUGACACAUUGUAAGCCAAUAGCGUCCCUUCAUCGUCGACCAAUCACGCCCUCUCCUGUAAUCGCUUUUUUUUUUUUCAUUUUUGGUCACCUUUAUUGAACUGAAAGUUUACAAAACAGCCAAAUAAAUUAGUGUUUUAAAACUUAAUUCAGUUAAAGGAAGCUAGGUGUGCUAAAUGUUUGCAAGUUUAGCAAAGGCGCUAAACGAAGCAUUAGCUCUGCUAUUUAUAGCAGAGCUAAUUAUAAUGUGAUUGUGCUAAUUGCAAUGCGCUAAUUAGCACAUUAGCAGGUUAGCGGAAGUGUACCCACCGCUUUGAUUUCAUCACAGCACAAAUUUCAAGAACAAUAUUGGUCUCUUUCCAGCACAAAUCAGCUAAACUUUAUUAUAAAACUAUUUUCUUUUAUAGCAAACUUUCAGUACAAAAUAAGAAUUGUUUACUUCAAACCCUCAGGCAAAAAAGUAAUGUCAUUAAGUUAAAAGUUGUCAAAGAAAAUUCAACAUUGGACAAUGUUGAGCUAAAAAAAUAAUCUGAAAUAUUUGAUGGCACCAUUCACAGGUUCAAACAGGGUAAAAAAAAAAUCUGCUUGUUUCUCAUCUACGCUCUUGUAAGUUUGUGUAAGUAUUUGUGUAAAUUUGCACAUUUGAGUUAUUCACACUGGCACUUUAAGCAUGUGGUUAUAAGUAAGUCUAUUUUUCAGUGUGUUUGUGUGAAAGGGAGGAGUAUAAUUAAUGUAGGUUUUCUCUGUGUGUCUGACCUGCUGCUUUUUUAAAUCUUUGCCUUAAUGGUGUUGCACUGUGAUAUAAAAAGAAACCGUAUUCUGUAUGAAAGUGUCUCAGAAAAAAAAGAUUAUGUACAGUUUUGAUGUUUUAAGUGUUGCCUUUUUAAUGUGCACCUCUGUAAACUUGAAUUGCAUUCAAACGCUCACAAAACGCACAAGAGAACAGAUGUAAACAGGGUGUCUUAUCAGCUCCGCCUGACAUGUGACUCAUGCAACUGAAAAACAUGUUUUGUAUUUUUUUUCCCAUCAGUGCGUACUGUGAAUCACUGCUGCUGUGACUUGAAUAAAUCAUAAUGCAACCUGA